AUGGUACCCCGCGCCCCGCGCCCCGAGGCCGCUGUUGCUCAGACACUCGUGCUCAGUUGGGUCUUUGCCCAAGUGGCCGGCGCUGCAGGUGCUUCCAAUAUAGUGACAGCAUAUAAUUUAGCUUGGAAAUCAACAAAUUUCAAGACAAUUCUGGAGUGGGAACCCAAACCUGUCAAUCAUGUUUACACCGUUCAGAUAAGCACUAGAUUAGGAGAUUGGAAAAGCAAAUGCUUUCAAACAACUGACACUGAGUGCGACCUCACCGAUGAGAUUGUGAAGGAUGUUAAGCAGACGUACACAGCACGAGUUCUCUCCUACCCUGCAGGGAACGUGCAUACUGUCAGUUCUGAUGUGGAACCUCCUUUUACAAACUCCCCAGAGUUCACCCCCUACUUAGACACAAAUCUCGGCCAGCCAACAAUUCAGAGUUUUGAACAAGUUGGGACAAAACUGAAUGUGACAGUACAAGAUGCACGGACCUUAGUCAGAAUGAAUGGCACAUUCUUGAGCAUCCGGGAUGUUUUCGGCCAGGAUUUAAAUUAUACUAUUUAUUAUUGGAAAGCUUCAAGUACAGGAAAGAAAACAGCCAAGACAAACACAAAUGAGUUUUUGCUUGAUGUGGAUAAAGGAGAAGACUACUGCUUCAAUGUCCAGGCGGUGAUUCCAUCCCGAAAAGCAAAUCAGAAGAGUCCAGAAAGCCUCGUGGAGUGCUCCAGCCAAGGAAGGGGCAUUUUCAGAGAAUUGUCCAUCAUCAUUGGAGCAGUGGUGUUAGUGGUCAUCGUCAUCAUCAUAGUCCUGUUGAUCUCUCUAUACAAAUGCAGGAAGGCAAGCGCACCUCAAAGUGGAAAGGAGAACUCCCCUCUUAACGUUGCAUAA